UUGGCAAGCGACAUGCAGCAGUACGUCAGCCUCCAAAACCUUUCCAUAUGUUUCCAGCUCUUAAUGCUCUCCUGUCAAACCCAGGGGGAGAAUCAACCGUCUCCUAAUUUUAACCAGUACGUGAGGGACCAGGGCGCCAUGACAGACCAGCUGAGCCGAAGGCAGAUCAGGGAGUACCAGCUCUACAGCCGGACCAGUGGCAAGCAUGUCCAGGUGAACGGCAAAAGGAUCACCGCCACGGCAGAGGAUGGCAACAAAUUCGCAAAGCUGAUCGUGGAGACAGACACCUUUGGGAGCCGUGUGCGCAUCAAAGGAGCCGAGAGCGAGAAAUACAUCUGCAUGAGCAAGAGGGGGAAGCUCAUUGGAAAACCCAAUGGCAAGAGCAAAGACUGCAUCUUCACUGAGAUCGUUCUGGAGAACAACUACACAGCCUUCCAGAAUGCCCGCCAUGAGGGCUGGUACAUGGCCUUCACGCGCAAGGGCCGCCCACGGAAAGCCACCAAGAGCCGCCAGAACCAGCGGGAGGCACACUUCAUCAAGCGCCUCUACCGCGGCCAGCUGCCCUUCCCCAACAACGCCGAGCGGCAGAAGCAGUUUGAGUUUGUGGGGUCCUCCUCCCCGACGCGCCGGACGAAGCGCACCCGCACCCCGCGGCCCCGCACGUAG